UACCCCGUUUUAAGGAGGUGGAAGAAGAGCCAGAGGUGAUCCCUGGGCCUCCAUCAGAGAGUCCUGGCAUGCUGACUAAGCUCCACAUCAAACAGAUGAUGGACGCGGCAAAAUGACAAAUCGAGGAAAGGAAAAAACAGCUGCGCUUCAUUAGCCCCCCUACACCUCAGCCAAAGACUCCUUCUUCCUCCCAACCAGAGCAACUUCCAAUUGGCCACACUAUUCAGCCCUCCCAGGCUGCCACUUUCAUGAAUGAUGCCAUUGAGAAAGCAAGGAAAGCAGCUGAACUAUAAGCUCGACUCCAAGCCCGGCUGGCACUGAAGCCAGGACUCAUCAGCAAUGUCAACAUGGUGGGCCCGGCUAAUCUUCACGACAUGGGCAUUGCUCCCCGAAAGGGGGAGUUAAAAGACCAAAUUAAACCUACACCACUGAUCCUAGAUGAGCAAGGGUGCAUUGUAGAUGCAACAGAAAAGGAGAUUGAGCUGACACACUGCAUGUCUACUCCUGCCAAUAUUCGUGCUGUUCCCUCUUCAGAGGGAACCAUUCAAGCAACAGCUAAAAAAAAGCCAUCAGAAGACAUGGAGUCCAAUACCUUUUUUGACCGAGUCUCCACUGUCGCUUCCCAGCGCCAGAAACGCACGUUUAAAUUCCAUGACAAGGGCAAAUUUGAGAAGAUUGCUCAGCGAUUAAGGACAAAGGCUCAACUGGAGAAGCUUCAGGCAGAGAUUUCACAAGCAGCUCAAAAAACACAGCCAUUUUUGACUAGGCUUGCCCUCAUUGCUCCUAGGAAGGAGCUAAAGGAAGGAGAUAUUCCUGAAAUUGAGUGGUGGGACUCUUACAUAAUCCCCAAUGGCUUUAACCUUACAGAGGAAAAUCCCAAGAGAGAAGAUUAUUUUGGAAUCACAAAUCUUGUUGAACAUCCAGCCCAGCUCAAUCCUCCAGUCGACAAUGACACACCAGUUACUCUGGGAGUGUAUCUUAAGAAGGAACAGAAAAAACUUCAGAAACAGACAAGGAGGGAAGCACAGAAGGAACUACUAGAAAAAGUCAGGCUGGGCCUGAUGCCUCCUCCAGAACCAAUGAGAAUUUCUAAUUUGAUGUGAGUAUUAGGAACAGAAGCUGUUCAAGACCCCACGAAGGUAGAAGCCCAUGUCAGAGCUCAGAUGGCAAAAAGACAGAAAGUGCAUGAAGAGGCCAACUCUGCCUGAAAACUCACAGCAGAACAGAGAAAGGUCAAGAAAGUUUAAAAGCAAGACAUUUCACAGGGGAUACACAUAUCUGUAUAUAGAGUUAGAAAUUUGAGCACCCCAGCUAAGAAGUUCAAGAUUGAGGCCAAUGCUGGGCAACGGUACCUGACAGGGGUGGUGGUACUGCAUAAGAGUGUCAACGUGGUAGUAGUGGAAGGGGGCCCCAAGACCCAGAAGAAAUUUAAGCAUCUUAUGCUGCAUCGGAUAAAGUGGGAUGAACAGACAUCUAACACAAAGGGAGAUGAUCAUGAGGAAUCUGAUGAGGAAGCUGUGAAGAAAACCAACAAAUGUGUACUAUUCUGGGAGGGUACAGCCAAAGACCGGAGCUUUGGAGAGAUGAAGUUUAAACAGUGUCCUACAGAGAACAUAGCUCAUGAGCAUUUCAGAAAGCAUGGGGCUGAACAUUACUGGGACCUUGCACUGAGUGAAUCUGUGUAGAGUCCACUGACUGAGACUACUGCAAGCCCUUGCCUCUCCCCUCUUGCCUUUGUCUCUUCUGUCCUCCCACUUACUCUGUUUCCCAACCCACUCCCACUUGUAUGAUCUCAGAAAUUUGCCAAGCAGACAUUGGGACAAAGGGAGAAUAUCUUGCUCCCUUCCCCAGUCAGCCUGGUGUUGCCCUUUAUUCC